AUGUCGCCAACUAGUUUGUAUCCUACCAACAAAGAACAAAAUGUCAUUGGAAUGAAAACAGUGGAAGAACGAAUAGAUAGAGAAAGUGGUGUGGAAUACAAACGACGAGUAGCCACGUGUAAAAACAUACUACCGUCCAUUUUCAGAAAGAUCCAGCUACUGAAUGAGGAUGCAGUGUAUCUGGAAGAAGAGACGUGGCACGACCGCAGAGGCAAGCGUCUCACUGUCAAGAGCCGGAGUCUUACAUGGAACAAAUACGCAGAUGCCUGGGAGGAGUCUGAAUACAGCAUUUGCCCCGAGAAUACAAACUG